AUGAAUGAGUGGACUAAGAAAGGACCCACCAGAAGCUGGUUUCUAACAAUUCCUUAUGGGAUAAAGUAUGACAGGACAUGGUUAAUGAACUCAAUCCAGAGCCAUUGCAGUGUCCCCUUCACUCCAGUGGACUUCCACCUCGUGAAAAAUGCGGCUCCGUUCUUUGUCCAGGAAGCUAGCACUGCGUGUGCACUGAUAGAUGUCAUCUACAAGAUUUGUGAUGAGGAAAGCCAAAAGGUGUGUAUACCUGUCUUUGUCAGCCCCUCCGCUGUUCCCUACUCUGUGCGGGAUAAGUUGAAGCCAGAAGAAAUGGAGCAGCUAAAGCUGAUCAUGAGCAAACAAUUUGAUGUCUCACAGCAAGCCCUUGACCUCCAGAUGCUCCACGUUGACCGAGCCUUGGUGAUCUAUGAUAUUGAUAUAAUUCUGAGUCGAAGAAGCUGCAUGGCCGCCACCCUGCAGAUCACUGAAAAGAAUUACCCUGAGCUGUUGUCCUUGAACUUGAGCAGCAACAAACUAUACCAGCUAGAUGGCAUGUCUGACAUUAUACAGAUGCCUCCUAUGGUCAAGAUCCUGAACCUCUCCAAAAAUGAGCUGAAAUCUGUGUGGGAGUUGAGAAAGAUACAAGGGCUGAAGCUUGAAGAGUUGCGGCUGCAAGGGAACCCACUGAGUGGCACCUUCCCAGAGCAGUCCACCUAUGUAAGAGCCAUCAGAGAAUGUUUCCUGAAGUUAUGCUUGGAUCACCAGGAGUUACCCUCACCAAUGAUAAUGGACGUUGACACUCUUUACAAAAUAAAGCCCUGCAAGGAAAGCUAUAAAGGAUCUGAGACCCUGAAUAAUCUAGUCCUGCAAUUCCUUCAGCAGUAUUACUUGACCCAUGACUGUGGCGAUUGACAGCAUCUCCUUGGUACUUAUCAUGAGGAGGCUUGCUUCUUCCUGACCAUUCCCUUCCACUCCGAGGGUGCAACCAUAAGCAGCUUGUGCAAGUACUUCAAGGACAGCAGGAAUAUAAAGAAGGUCAAGGACCCCCACCUGAGUGUCCAGCUGCUGAAGCACACAAAAUGUGUCAUUUUGCACACCCUCUGUGUGUUGCCCGAGACUCACCAUGACUUCAGCUCCUUCAUGGUGGACACGUGGUUCCAGACAGAGAUGAUGCUCUGCUUCUCUGUCAACGGGGUGUACAAGGAAGGAAGUCCUCAGGGCUGUGUGCAUGCCUUCACUCUGGCCUUCAUUGGUGCCCCUGCCAGCUAUGGCAGUCUAUGCAUUGUGGAUGACGACCUGUUUGUGAGGGAGGCCAGCCACAGUGAGACUCAGAGUGUGUUCUCCAUCCCAAUGCCUACACCCUCCUCCCUCUCCCAGGAGCAGCAGGAUAUGGUGCAGGCUUUCUCCACCCUGUCUGGGAUGAAACUCGAGUGGUUUCAGAAGUGCCUUCAUGACAACGAAUGGAACUACAGCAGAGCUGGUCAGGUCUUCAGUAUGCUGAAGACCGAGGGCAAGAUCCCAGAGGAGGCCUUCAAAGAAAUCCCCUAA